AAACCAUCAAUUGGCAUAUGUCCGGGCAUGUACCUAUGUAUAUACGGCUAGUUCGACAAAGGCGGAUACGUGCGGCAGAUCAAUGAUGUGCCUCGGCUGGCUGAUUAGAUCUGUCUUUCAACAUUAGAGGGCGAUGCAUGCAUGACCUUAACUAGAAAGAUGCCUCGGUUCUCCAAGCUCCACGCUGCAGGGUUACGCGCUAGUGUCUUUGAUGCUACACCAAUUUCCACCGACUCCGCAGCUUUACAUAACUUUACCCCCAAAAGCAGUUCGCCUGCUAACAAUGAUCUUGCUUACUACUACUGGUAGUAUAUGAGUUCACGCCUCUCUUUUUUACACACAUUCUUUUCCCCUUACCAUUACCACUUCAACUUUACUCCUACAGCAGAACAUUGAAGUGAUCUUGUGAACCUACUUCUCCCAAACAAUUCAAUCUGUUCAAAAAUCAUCCAUCGGCAUUCCCGACAACAAUCAAAAUGGCUUCACCACAGCGAAUCCGAACGCCCAUCACCGAUCUUUUCAAGAUCAACCAUCCCAUUCUCUUGGCUGGCAUGAAUGUCGCUGCUGGCCCUAAGUUGGCAGCUGCAGUCACCAAUGCUGGUGGUCUUGGUGUGGUUGGAGGCAUGUCAUACAGCCCGGAGAUGCUGAAAGAACAGAUUGAUGAGCUGAAGUCGUAUCUAAAUGACAAGAAUGCGCCAUUCGGCAUUGACUUGUUGAUUCCAAAGGUUGGCGGUGAAGCAAGAAAGACAAACUACGAUUACACGAAAGGACGGUUGAACGAAUUAGUCGACAUUAUUAUCGAAUCAGGUGCCAAGUUGUUCGUCUCCGCUGUCGGAGUACCACCAAAAGCCAUCGUCGACAAGCUACACAAGCACGGCAUUUACUACAUGAACAUGGUUGGACACCCCAAGCAUGUGCAGAAGGCGCUAGAUAUCGGUUGCGACAUCAUUUGCGCCCAAGGUGGCGAAGGUGGCGGUCACACUGGAGAUGUCCCAACUACUGUCCUCAUCCCUGCAUGCGUGCAAAUCUGCAAGGGCAAGAAGAGCCCAUUGUCGGGUAAACAAGUUCAGGUCAUCGCAGCUGGUGGUAUUCACAAUGGCCAAAUGUUGGCUGCAUCGCUAAUGAUGGGCGCGAGCGCCGUCUGGGUUGGUACCCGUUUCAUCCUGGUCGAUGAGGCUGGAGCUCCCGAGUCGCAUAAGGAGUCAGUGCGAACUGCUGGAUUUGACGACACGAUCCGAACGCUCAUCUUCACCGGGCGACCUCUGCGCGUACGCAAGAACCCGUACAUUGAGAAUUGGGAGAACGAGCGCCAAGCCGAGAUUAAAGAACUAACCUCGAAGGGAAUUCUGCCUUAUGAACACGAUCUUGAGAAGGUUAUGAGCGAAUCUGGCUCCAAGGAAGGUGGUAGUGAUGAUGAUGAUGAUGACGCGCUGGACCAAUUCCGACCUUACUUGAUGGGUAAAUGCGCUGCGCUUGUCAACGAGUCGAAGAGUGCGAAGGCAGUUGUAGACGAGUUCAUUGAGGAUGCCACAGCAUCGCUUCAACAAGGCACCCAGAUGGUGUCGAAGCUAUAGACUAUCGGCCUAGAUACAGGCUCUGCUAAGAGGAGGGAAAAUUUAGGAUG